CCUAGCUCUCCCUCUGUCUCCAGCUCAUCUCUCUCUCUCUCUCUCUCCCUCUCUCUGUCGGGCGGAGUCGCCCACCACUGCCAGCCCAGUACUGGGGAAACCUUCUCUAGGCUGUAGCUGCAGGACCCUACCACCCUCCAUGGCUCCCCUGGCCUUGGUGGGGUUUGCACUCCUCCUGGGGGCUCCCCCAUGCUCAGGGGCAGCCACGCCGACCCCCUCCCUGCCUCCUCCCCCAGCCAAUGACAGUGAUGCCAGCAGCACGGGGGGCUGCCAGGGAUCCAGCCGCUGCCAGCCAGGGGUCCUGCUGCCCGUUUGGGAGCCUGACGACCCAUCACUGGGUGACAAGGCAGCGCGGGCCGUGGUCUACUUUGUGGCUAUGGUCUACAUGUUCCUGGGCGUGUCCAUCAUUGCCGACCGCUUCAUGGCAUCUAUCGAGGUCAUCACGUCCAAGGAGAAAGAGAUCACCAUCACUAAGGCCAAUGGCGAGACCAGCGUGGGCACAGUCCGCAUCUGGAAUGAGACCGUGUCUAACCUCACACUCAUGGCCCUGGGCUCCUCGGCCCCUGAGAUCCUGCUGUCCGUCAUUGAGGUCUGUGGCCACAACUUCCAGGCGGGUGAGCUGGGCCCGGGCACCAUCGUGGGCAGUGCUGCUUUCAACAUGUUUGUGGUCAUUGCCGUGUGCAUCUAUGUCAUCCCGGCUGGCGAGAGCCGCAAGAUCAAGCACCUGAGAGUCUUCUUUGUCACUGCCUCUUGGAGUAUCUUCGCCUAUGUCUGGCUUUAUCUCAUCCUUGCCGUCUUUUCCCCGGGUGUGGUCCAGGUGAGCAAGGACCCACAGACGUCUCCUUGGUGCAUGUAUAUCAGCAAAAUCCAGAGGGGUAGCUUCCCGGGCUUGGAGAGUCAAUUCUUGUAUUUGCAGGAAUGCAUGCUCACAUCCAAGAGGGACACCAGGUAUGGUUGUGCGGGUCACGCACUGCACAAAGGCAUUGGAGCCAGAGAGGGCAAGUUGGGACUGGAGUCUAGUGGGUGUUCCUAAGUCAUGUCUGGAUGGCACUGCAGACCCUGGGAAGGGCUCAUCUGCCCUGAGUGGGAUGCCAUUUUGCAAUAUACCCAUACCAAAGGGGCACAUUUUAACUCUCACAAGGGCACGACAGUUGAUAACAGAGUCCUUGUGAUCUAUGUACUGCACACUACAGUCUAGCCAGGUAUUUCCCAGGUCUGUUCACUUGUUUUCCUAUACUCCCUGUCUUUUGCAUAAUUUAUUCCCUCUUUUGCAUAAAGACAUCCUCUAUUUGCAUAAUUCAUGCUACAGUUGCAUAAUCCAGCCUUGUGUUUUCUGGUAGUGCUAAUAUGAUUUGGGUAACUUGGUGCAAUUUACAUAGCUUAUCCACGGACUUUGCAUAGAUACACAACCACAUCUGUGUAAGCUAACUCUGUUUGCCACAUAUGCUGUAGUGGUUUGCAUAACUCAUUCAUUAUUUAUCAUUGACUUCUGAUGUUAGGAUAAUUUAUGCCACUUCCCUGUAAUGUAUACUCACAUCCAAUCUAACAUAGGUAUAAACCCAGCCCACUGCAAAGACCACUUUGCAUAAUUUAUUCCAAUAGUGAGAUAAAAUUUAGACUCACAUUGAGCUGAGUAAUUUACACCCACAUUCACAUAAUCUUUUCCCUCUCAUUUAUCCGGUGCCUUAACCAGCAUACUACCUCAUCUUCCUUUAAAACAUUUGUCUAAUUUAUUUCCCAUAACCCCUAGACUGCUGUCUACACUUGCAUAGUUUAUUCAUGGGCCUGGCCUAAUUCGUUCACAUAUGCAUAAUUUAUUUGAGGCUACCCAGGAUUCCUUCACACAUGUGUAUAAUCUAUUCAUGCCUAUCUGUCAAGUUUUGUCAGUUAGAGUUUCUUUCCAGGAAGGAUCUGAAGUUAGAGGUAUCAAAAUUCUUUGCAGAUGAUUUCAAAUCAGAACUGAAGGAUUAGAAACCACAGUGAGGGAAGAGGGAGAUGGUAGCACCAGAAGACAGGGAGGAGAGAGGGAGAGAUAGUUACUGCAAUUGACUCAUGUCUGUAAUGCUGAGUUUCCUGGCUGCCGUUUCGAAAAGUAUAGAAUGAUGCUUCACACAGUUCUCAGGCAUUGUUAAAAAAAAAUUCCUGGAUGCAGUGAACUGGAGA